AUUAUGAUAGCUGCUGCAUUAUUUGCCUUAUUGGAGGACCAACGGAAUAUGUUACGCGUUCAUCGGCGACAUCUGAGGGAUAUAACUGACUCAUUUCAUUUGCCGGAAGCUCGCUUUGAAGAGCUAUUCCGUUUAAAAAAAAGAUCCCGCAAUAGCCUUGUUACAAGAGCUAAGUCCUCAUAUGAAAAGUGGCGAAAAUCGUACGUUUGUCCCAAAAUCAUUAAGAAUGACUGCAGCACUUCAUUACUAUGAGACAGGAUCAUAUUUGAGAGACGUUGGCCAAGAUUUUGUGUGCUCAUUAAGCAAGACAGUUGUGUGUCGUGCAGAAAAAGAAGUCACAAACAUCAUUGAAGGAAAAUUAUUGUGUAAAUACAUUAAAUUUCCAACAUCUUUAGAGGAACAAAACACAAUAAAACAAACAUUUUUUUCAUCUACGGGUUUUCCUGGGAGCAUUGGUGCUAUUGAUUGCACCCAUGUUAAAAUUAAAAAGCCGGCCGCGGAUGUUGAAUGCUGCUACAUAAACAGAAAAGGCUAUUUUUCCAAAAAUGUGCAACUUAUUUGUGACUACAACUUAAACAUAGUGUCUGGGAACGCGCGUUAUGGUGGUAGUACCCAUGAUGCUUUUAUUUGGGAGAACAGCCAAUGUAAACAAUUUUUGGAAAGGCAAAACGCCAGUGAUGUAGAUUCAAGUUGGGGGUCGGCUUUAGUAUACCAUCCCACGACCCGCGUGACUCACACGCUGCAGUCACAUGUGCAUGUGACAGGCAGUUGUGGCAAUGCCCGUGAGCCUGGGCAACUUGCUGCCGUUGCACGGGUAGCAUACCCCGAAAUAUGCCACAAUGGUGCAGGCGAUGUGGGCGCGGACAGAUGGGGCACCUUAGGGUCUCCAAAGUCCGUAAUGGGUGUGGUGGUGGCCGAGUGCCACCGCGAGGUGCGGAUUGAAGGACCGCUGCAGGCGCAGUUGCCGGUGCAGUUGCCGGCGUUGUUGCAACCACAGUUCGGGGCGCUGGUGAGGGCCCGGUGCGUGGCGGAUUGGUAG